AUCAAAGAGCGGAUCAUGAUAUGUGUUGUAACUUGUUCCAACGUUGACGAAUAUUUUCGAAAAUAUUUUUCGAACACGCUUACUUCAAUUUGUAACAUGUCAAAUAUAUUAACCAUUAAAUUCACGAACAUGAAAUAUUUUAUGAAUUAUUGAAAAUACACGUUACAGAUGUCUGUCAAGUUUCGGAACACCUCAAUUGCUGCAAAUACAACAUAAAUACGCAUUUUUUUUUUUUACAAAGCUUCGACGUUUUCUUUACACUUAAUUUAAGUGGUGUGAAAUACCAGCAAUCUUGUUACAAUGCCAAGUAAAAAGAAAAAAUAUAAUGCACGUUUUCCAGCUGGUCGAAUCAAGAAAAUUAUGCAAACCGAUGAAGAAGUUGGAAAAGUUGCACAAGCUGUGCCGAUUAUAAUCUCUAGAACAUUAGAACUGUUUGUGCAUUCGUUACUUACCAAGACUAUGCAAAUUACAAGUGCCAAAAAUGCCAAAACUUUGAGUCCAUCUCAUAUGAAGCAAUGUAUUUUAUCAGAAAGUCGUUUUGAUUUUCUGAAAGAUCUAGUGAAGUCUUUACCAGAUAUUUCAGGACCAGACGACGAAGUGCCUACACCGCCAUUAACACCAGCUCCAAUGAUUUCGAAUGUAUCAAAUAUAACCAUUUGUACACCCGCAUUGCGACCUUCUGAAAUAGGACUUCAGAAGCAGCAAAUGGGAUUAACUACUGAAGUAAAUAUAGAAUAUAAAAAUUCAAAAGACAAUGGGGGAACAGGAAUGUAUGACACAGGUGCUGUUAACGAGACAGUUAUAAAUACAUCUGUUUCACAAGUUCCAGAAUUUCAAAUAACUGUGCCUACAGCGUUUCAAAUUAGUCAACCCAACUUUUAUACAGAAGUUAAUCCUAUGAAUUUAAGUACAAAUACAUCUGGUGUAAAUACGAGUAAUCAACCGACAUCAAAUUUUGCUCAUACUGCAAAUCUUGAUGAAGAUUAUGAUACAUAGUUAUUUUUUAACAACAUUAGAGAUAUAAAUUCGUAAAUUAUCAAACCUACAACAGUUGUAGAUGUGUUGGUUUAACAAACAUUACAAUCUUUUACUCAGACUGUUUGUUAUCUAUACUUUAGAAUAUGUAAUUUGGAUUACUCGAACAGUCUUGUUACUUAUGUAUGCUUAAACAGCUGUACAUUUUUAUAUUUUUAUAUCUGUUUUGUCAACAGUUACACAGAUGUUUUGUUCAAACUAGUUGAUGUAGAAUAUUUGGUAUUUAUAAAUAUUUUGUACCACUGUAAUUGUACUUGUAUUUUUAGUAUUUUACUUUAUAUACACUUGUAUAGUAAGCUUAAAUGUAGGACUCGAAGAACUGUCAUGUGCUUUAAAACAAACCCUAUAUUAUUAUUGCUCUGUAGACAAGUAGAAUUUCUUUUACUGUACGUACAGUUAUGAAAAUACAUUGUAUAAUUGUAUAGGUACAAAUUUUAAUUAUUUAUGUUAUAGUUAGCUUUGUGUUUUAUAAUUGGCAAAAUUAGGUUUUUAGUCUGUCCAGACAGUAGGACGUUUAUCAUUUACUCCACAAUGUAUACAAUACUGAGCUUUACAACUAAGAUUUUUUUACAUCUUUAUAAAUAUAUGUAAUUUUGAUAAAGGGAAAGUUAGCAUAUAACAAGACAUUUUACGGAUGCUAACAACACUUAGCAGACUUGGUUUAAAAAAUUGUCAUUCAAGCGUUUCUCAUUGCAUAAUACGUACAUUGUCUUUUUCAUAAUGUAAUCAUCAGUAAAAGUGUUUUAAACUUUAUAGAAUAUUUUGUAAUGCAAACAUACGUUUUAGAGUUACAUGUUAUACACAAAUAAUGCGCGUAAUUACAUUCAGUGAAAUUCUUACACAUUUUGAAGUUCAAUAUGUAAAAAAAAAAAACAA